AUGGGUCACGAAAUAUUUAUCUUAGAACAAGAAAUCGAUGUUAUCGACAAACCUCAUAACGGUAGUCCAAUUACUAUGAUGGAAAUAUCACCAAAUGCAAAAUAUAUUAUUACUUAUAGUGAAAAAGACAAAACAAUUGUCGGGUGGAACGUUGAUGAUGAGGAAGGUCAACUUAGACCUGAUUGCACCAUUAAAUCCGAUAAAAUUUUUCGAUUCAAUAAAACUGAGGAAAUCGAUGAGGAAGAUGAAAAAAAAAUAUUUCACAUGUGUGUCUCUGAUGAGAAGAAGCUAGUGCUUAGUUAUGUUGAAUAUGGUUCACAUAUUGAAGGGAUUGGAAGUAAGGAUAUACAUGAAUACUUGAAAAUAAUUGAUAUGAAGAAUCAAAAUCAAGAAAUGGAGUUAUAUUUUAAAUUUAUAAUUGAUCGAUUUUAUUGUAACUUUAAUUCAAAAGGGGAAUUCAUUUUAUAUAAUAUAAUUGAAAAAUCAUUGUCUAUCCCUAUGUUUGGAAAUGACAAGAAAAAAUCGUAUAAUCGUACAAGUAUUAUUUGGAUUUAUUCAACACAAACUAAAAAGUGGAAGUGUCAAGAGAUUUAUGAGGUACCUCAAGGAGUGGAGUUGAUAAACAUAUCACAACAUGAUAAGAUUCGACUGAGUUUAAAUAAUAAUAUAUAUGAACGGAGCAUUAGUGACGAUACAACUAUGUCAAAAUUAUCAAAAAAUUUAUGCGAGAUUAAAUCGAAAGACAUUAAAAUGUCUAGUAAUGAAGGGUUUAUUUAUCUGAAAAUAAACGAUGAAAUUACAGUUUAUUCAACUGAACCGGAGACUCCUAUUGCGUCAUUUGAUUUAAAAGUUGAAAAUCAUGACGGAUAUGUAUGGAAAAUUAACUUUGACGAGCUUGAAUUUGAUGAGCUAGAAUUAGUAUCAAAGGAAUUCGAAGCCAAUGAUGUUACAGAAAGUUGGAAUGCAUACUUUGGAAAAGAAAACGACAACAAUGAAUACGAAGAUCCAUUCAUUCCAUGCGAGAACAUUAAUAGAUCAAAAUUAUUUCGUAAAGCAACCGUUAAAUACGAAUCAAAGGAUAUUAAAUUGGAAAUUUAUACUAAUAUUCGAAUGACUGGAUUUAUUGGAUUACGCGUUUUCGAAAAUGAUAAUGUAAUUGAAAGAAUUAAAAAAACAAAAUGCAAAAAAACGAUAGAUAUAUACAAAGUCAAGAUAUUUAAUAGUAAAGAGAUUAUAAUACUAACAAGUAUUGGCAUUUUUAUUUUUCAUUUAAAUCAAGAUGAUUUGAUUUUAAAUCAUUUUCUCAAUAUUUGUUUGAGCGAUGUUGAGCUCAAAUUCUUGGUUGAUGAAACCUUUUGGGUUUCACAUGAAGAAACUGAUCGAUACAAUUUUUUAAAAUAUAGUGUCGAACUCAUAACUGCAAUUAGGGAACGUGAUAUAGAAUCCGUUGAUGGCAUUUAUAAGAAAUGCCUCGAUUAUUUUAAACGAGAUUUAGUAAACAACAAGGCGUUUUUAAGCAUCAUCACAAAUUCGAUAUCCUUAUUGAAUCGAUAUUAUCCUGAAUAUAUCAUAAAAUAUUCAUCGGAUACAAACAUGAUAAUAGAUUCACUUGAUUAUAACAUAGAACGGCUUAAUAUUUCACAUCUUUAUCCUUUUGAAGGUAUUAAAUUAGUUAAUUUAACCCCAUCUCUUGCGUGGACGAAAUAUAAUUAUCUUUUAAAAAGGAUCGUUGAUAAAUCAAAUGGAAUAUUACAUGGAAUCAUGUUAUUCAUUUUAAGCUGCCAAUACGUUCUAUGUGCUUAUAGUUCACCUAUUUCUUUUUUAACGUUUAAUAUUUUAGAUCGUUUUCAUAUCGUUAAUAAUAUUGUUAAAUAUGAUAUGUCUGCCUAUUUUUAUUAUAGUCUAAGUUACACUUCUUCCAAACCCACAAUUACUUUUAUGAUACCUUACAUCAAAUUUGUUAGUUAUCCGGAAGAUUAUGAUUGGAUUGAAGAAUUAUUUCAUCCUCAACCUAGUCCAUUCAUAGAAACAAUAUCUAGUGAGAUAUAUAAAACUUGGGGUGGUGAGGCAUUGAUUAAUUUCAAGUGGAAUUCAUUUGGCAAAUAUUAUUUUGCAAUAAUUUGGAUGGAAUUUGCCAUUUUACUUGGUUGCUUUACUACCGCUGCAACACUUUCUGAAGAUUAUUUAACCGAAGAUAUCAAGAAAAAUCUUUUUAUUGCUUCGAUUAUCCUUGCGUCUAUUAAUUUAACUUUUAUAUACCGUCGACAACUAUGUAGCCCUGACGAAUCGAUUUGUAAUGUAUUUUAUUUGUUUGAUUUAGCGGCAUAUAUUCUUUCAAUUGCUAGUUCUUUUUAUUAUGAAAAUACUUGGUUACUUUCAUUGACACCAAAACUUAAUUAUUCGUUAGAUAAUUAUACAAAUAACAAGGAUCAAAAUAAUCCUUGGAAUCUUGCUUCUUCUUAUAAUCAAUUACUUGAAGAUGGAUCAAUUAGUUCAAAUCCAUUUAUUAUUCAAAAACCUAAUGAAAAUACAAAUAUGUUUGCUAAUUUUGAAACCGCACUUCUUGCAAUGUAUUUAUCUUUAACCGGUGAUUUAAACUCUUUUGCAAAUUGGACAUAUAAAGAGAAUCCAUUUUUUGUUUUAUUAAUGAUUUCAUUCUUUUCCGUUGUCGUCGUAUACCUUUUGAAUUUACUUAUCGGUUUGCUUAAUAAUGCAAUUGAUGAAGAUAACAAUAGAGUUUCGUACUUGGUGCAUAAAGCGGAGAUUUUAAAAGAGAUUGAGUUAUUUUACUUAUUACCAUUUCAAAGACGUUGGAAGUCUUGGUUUCCUGAUGUAAUGUAUUAUUAUGCCGAUGUUGACGAAACACGAAGAAAGGUUAAUGAUUUAAUUAAAAAGGGCGAAUGGAACCCUAACAAAUUAGAAUUCUCAGAAAUGAAGAGAAAUUUAUUAAAAAAAUUAAAUAUUAAAUAUGAUCCUGAUGAUUAUACUCAUAGAGUCAAAUCGCAAGCGUAUAGAUGUUUAUGUAGCUCGCCUAAUAUUACGACUAAAACAACUAACGCACUUUCAAUAUUUCGACAUCAUGAUCCUGCACCUGCAACUGAAGCUGUUAUUCGUGAAUUUAAAUUAUGGGUACAAUAUGCCAAUGCCGCAUACUAUGAUGUAAAAGGUUGGGAAUGUGACGUAUGCAAAGGCGAUACGGAUGGAACUCGAUUAAUAGAAAUUUUUCCAUUUUCAUCCCAAAGGAAUAAUGGUUAUGUUGCGAUUAAUGAUGAAAAGAAAGCAAUUAUAGUAGCUUAUAGUGGUACAACUGAUGACCCAUCUUUAUUACUGGAUUAUAAAAUUGUUCAGGUUCCAUACUCUCCUUCCGUACCGAAUGCUAUGGUGCAUUCAGGUUUUAUGAUUUUUUAUCACGCGACGAAAGAAGGAAUUACUUCUUUGACUAAAAAUUUGGUCAAAGAAUAUCCUUCAUAUAAAGUUAUUACUACCGGUCAUUCUUUGGGAGGAGUUUUGGCGACGUUUCAAACUUUAGACUUAAUCGGUACUCCUGGAUUAAACCCUUCUAACCUUUUUACUUAUACUUAUGGGGAACCAAGGAGUGGUAAUAAGGAAUUCGCUCAAUUUAUUAUGAAUUCCGGUUAUAAAUUCUUUAGAUUAGUAGAUAAAGGUGACAUUAUUCCCCAUUUACCUCCUAAUUAUACUCAUUAUGGUCCUGAAUUUUGGAUUAAUCCAAAAAAUGAAAUUGUCGUUUGUCAAAAGGCUGAUGAUAAAAGGUGUAGUAAUUCUAUCCUUAUUAAAAACCUUGAAGACCAUGAUAUCGAUACAUAUGUUAAAGAUUUAUCCGCUAUGUAA